AUGAGCGAGUACGAGCAAGAAAAAGACUUGUGCUCAGGUCAGUCACGAGGGUCUAACCCAAUCAACAGCGAAGAGGCGGCGACCGCCAGUACUGAUGCACCCUCCACACACCAACUCCCGCAAUCUCAAGCCAGUGCCACGUCAAACAUUGAAGGACCAUCCAGUCCAGCGCAGCUGUGCGAUAUUCAAACCGGCACCGCUCGUGGCAUACUCCAAGAUCUUUCCGACUACGUGAGGCCGGUGGCCUUUCAAUAG